UUGAACCGGAACUUGCGGAAAUACACUCAGAAAACGAAACAAGUCAAAAUAUUGCUACAGCUGAUCGCUGAUCACGGGACCUCCAGAUAAAAAAGCACUCGUUAUUUUAGUAUGAUUUAAGAUUAUGGAAGAUGGCAGCUGUUGGUAAAAAGACUGAGGAUGAAAUUCCAGAAAUUAGAAUUCCAAAAGAACAUGCUUACCUUGAUUACCUAUUAUCACAAAUACCUAAAAAGGCCCAAAAGGGGAUGCUCAUUCAGUGUGAUUUGCAUAUUAUUUCCUUAGAUGCUAAUGAGUUUUUUAUUGCCCUUGGUUCCAAUGUGGGAGUUGUGUUUUUGUAUAACCGAAAAACCAAAGAAAUAGAAAGACUAAGAACCCAUUCCCACAAUGAUGUGAUAACUUGUGUUGCAAUACAUUCCGGACUUGAACACCAGGUGGCAGUAGCUACACAGAAAGGUUUGAUCUAUCUAUUCCAGCUUCCGUCUGUGAUGCCAUCUCAAAGUAAACAGCUUCAACAAUUUAUAGUAAAAGACAUACAUAAAAGUGAAGUAACAAGUCUAUGUUGGAGUAUGAAUGGUAUGAAACUAUUUGGUGGUGAUAAGAAAGGUCUUGUAUCCUGUACGGAAGUGGAUUUUUAUGCUGGAUUAUGUGAGACCAACAUUUGUUUGAUUGAGAAUAACAGUGAGAUUGUACAACUGAAUCAUGCACAUAAAACUUUACUGAUCUCUACAAACCAGAGAUCUAUGUUAUAUCGAACAGAUACCAAAGUCUCACUAGUCCAGGUGGGACAGAAAGACAGAAAAAUAUUUGGAAAGUUUGGUGCAGUUUUUAUACCAGGACUUUGUAAACCAGAAGAUGCUGAAUUAUAUGCUUGUCGGCCAGGUCUACGAAUCUGGAAAUCCAAAAUGGAUGGUUCUGUCAUUAGCACAUAUCUGUUCAAAGAACUUUUAAAUAACCCUCAUCCAACAUUAGAACUCUUACCUUUCAAUAGAAAAACUAGAAUGUUUCUGCCAGAAGCUCAGUUUGGGCCCUUGUAUUUGUAUAAAGAUAAAUACAUUGUGACAUGGUCAGAUUCUAGUGUUUUUAUUUUGAAUAUGGACAAUACAUCUGUGAUAGGAGGAACGUUUCAUGUUGGGACAAUUCAAAACAUUGCUGUUACAACUGAUGAAAUAUUUAUCUUACGUAAAGAUACAGAUAGAAAUGUGAUAAGAAUAGCUGAACGUCCUGAGACUUUGGGAGGUAAUACAUAUCAGAGGUUAGUGAAGGAUAAAAAUCUGCCAGAUUUUAUGUCUGAAACUCCUGUAAAACAUGAAAAGGCAGAAAAUACUCAAACAACACCGUCACCACUUAGGUUUAUAAAAGAAAAUGUGAUAGACAAAAUAAAAAAUUUAGAUGUAAUCUCAGAUAUGUCAGAUGGUACCAGUUCUGUGUCAAAUUUAGCUGACUCAGUUGAUAAACAUAUUGAACAGAAAGAGUUACCUCCCAUUGUGAAACUUGAAAAUCCUGAUCUUUUGACAAUUGAAAUUUUUCCUGGAAUUCCUACCACAUCAGAGUCUACUGACCAAAAUGUUACUUCACCCAUAAGACGAGAUAGAUUUAAUCCAUUUUCAACAGAUGAUUCACAUGAAUUUGAAGAGGAUACUGAGCUGGAUACGUCUAAACUACCAUUGUGCAAUAAACCAAAGCCAGUUAGUCAUAAAUCUAGUCAGGAAACCAAAGCAGAGCAACAUGAUUCUAAAGAAUCUUCUGGAUCACAUGACAGAAUUAGGUCUAUACCUAUCAAUACUCCCACAGAUGACAUUGCUAUCAGUGUGAAAACAAAGAAAAAGAAAAAGAAGAAAACUGAAAGCAAGUUGUCUCCAAACAUCAAGCAUCAGGACCUUGACACACUAUCCCAGAAUUCUGUAGAAAGUGAAGCUACCAGUGAACAUAUGUCAGAUAAAGAAAAGUCAUCUGAUAGUACAUCUAAUGAUAGAGUAUCCAUGGAAACUGAAAAUAUAAAUGUGGACAUUUCUGACAUCAUUGGCUUAAAACCUUUAGAAAGUAAAAUAAAUUACACAGAAGACAAUCAAUUAAAACAUGGAUCUGAUGGGCACAUAAUGAAUAAAGAGGAUGUGAAAUGUGUACUGGUUCAGGAAGUACAUAAUAUUCAGGAUAAAGAUGGUGUUGUUUCUGAUUCUGAAAAAGUUUCAACUGUGAAAAUUGCAGAAAUACAGAUUAAGGAAACUAAACUGAAGGAAAACUUACAAAAGUCUGAAUCUGUGUUACAAGAGGAUAAAACUAUUUCUAUGAAACAAGAAGAAAAACCGAAAAAUGACAAUGUAGUGGGUGUGGUAGAGAAAGACGUAGCAAAACCAAUUACAGAUAAUAUUACAAAAACAAAACAAGAUAAUAUAGUGAAACCAAAACAAGAUAAUAUAAUAAAAUCAAAACAAGAUAAUAUAGUAAAACCAAAACAAGAUAAUAUAGUAAAACCAAAACAAGAUAAUAUAGUAAAACCUAUCACAGAUAAUAUUACAAAACCAAAACAAGACAAUAGUCCAAAACCACAGACAUCAAAACCAAUCGAAAAUAAAGCAGAAAGUUCUAUUACUGUAGAUGAUCUUUUCAAGGAAAAUAAAUCUAAUCUAGAUAUUGUUGAAAAGAUAACGAAACAUCCCAAAAAACAGAGUGCUUUGUCAAAACUUGAAAAAAAUCUUGCCAGUUUGGAAGAAGGGUUAUCUUUCUCAGGUUUUGAACAAACAAGUCAGUUCCAAAGAACAAAUGAUGCUGAAACCAAAAAAGAAGCAUUAAAUAUAUCUCAGGCAGAUUCUGGUAAUGAUUCAAUGCAUGAAGAAACUUUGUCAUCACAAAGUAAAGUGACUGAAGAUCAGGAGAAAAAGGAAAUGACACAAGUAUCUGCCAAAGAUGUUUCUCCACUUAGUGGUUCUAUUUAUCGUUCAAACAGUUCAUCUUGUGAUGAUUUUUAUGCACAGUACAAUACUUCAGCAAAUACAACAUCAACAAGUGGUAGUGGACUUAGUGAAUGUUCUGAAAAUCCACUUUCAGGAGGUGAACCUGAGGAACCAGAAGAAAUAUUUGACAAUAAAUCUGAAAGUGUCAAAGUUUGUGAUCAGGAUAGUGAUAAUAUAAAUAAAUCAAGCAAGGUAUUCAAUACAUGGACAGAAGUUGUGACAUCUGGCAAUUUGCUCAGUCUUGUUGUGUCAGAUUUACACAUAUGGUGUACUGACAGAAGCUCAAAUAUUUGGUACAGUAAUAUAAAAUCUCCUGGCAUCAAAUGGGUGAAAGCUAAUGGUUAUGCAAAACAGAUUUCUGUUUCUCCCUCAGGAAUGAUUGUAUGGAGGGUAUACAAGGAUACAGUUUAUGCUGGUACCAAAAUCACAUCAAAACAUCCAGAAGGCAUGAAAUGGGUUGAGGCAAUAAGAGGAGUUCAGUCAGUGUCUGUGGACAAUUACUCUGCUUGGUAUAUCAAGUCUAAUGGUGAAGUAGCAAUGCAGAAAGGAUUAUCUAGGGAUAGACCAUGUUAUAAAUCUAUAAUUAUAGAGUGUUCAUACAAAUUACAACACAUUGUUUGUAGAUCAGGGGUGGUCUGGGCCAUCACUGACCAAUGUAAGCUAAUAUAUAGAGCUGGGAUAAAGAAAGAUUGUCCAGAAGGAAUGGAAUGGGCUGAAUAUAUCAAUCCAGAUGGUAUGAUGUUUUCAUCUGUUUCAUUUGGAGAUGGUAAUUUGUCUUGGGCUGUUGAUGUACUAGGGAGAAUUUAUUUCAUGACUAAUGUUUCCAUGGAAACACCAUUAGGAGAUAACUGUUGGUGGCAGGUACCUAUUAAUAAUGAAAUAACUACUACUGAUUACACUUUAAUUGAUGGCAUCAAGUCACUGGCCAAAGUAUUUGAUCCUCAAAAACUGACUGAUUUAAUUGGUAGCCAAAGGGGUGGUCUGAUAGCAGCAGGGACAGAAGGUGUCUGGGUUUGUCCUGAUUGUAAAUAUACAUUACAACUGUGCCGAGGAUCAAUGGAAGGUCACUUUUGGGAGGCUGUUUUUCUGAGUGGCAUUGUUUCUUCAACAGCUUGGAAAUUGAUUUCAGUGGCAGCCAUUCAUUUAGAGUGGGGUUUAAUUUGGGCUCAGCAACCAAAUGGUGAAAUAUUUACAUUCACUCCAACUAAAAAGAAAAUAAGAACAGAGCAGAGGCCUCCAAAAGGCAUGUUUGUGUGUAUGAGUGUUUGUGAGGAGGCUGUAUGGGGCCUGAAUGAGGAUGGGAAGGUAUACAUACGUAGUGGCAUAGCAGAUCACUGUCCUGAGGGUGCCAAGUGGUGUGACCUGGAUCUGAAACAAUUAGGUGAAGCCCAUUUAAUCCAUCUAUCUUGCGGGUCUAGAAAUGUCUGGGCUAUUGACAGUGAUGGUGUAGUAUACCAAAGGAUAGGAGUUAAGGCUCCUUCCACUCACUCUCUACAGGCUGCUUGGUUACCAGUAGACUCUGGUCCAUCAGGGACCACAUUUAUACAAGUCUUUACUGGACCUUCAGAUCUUUAUGUAUGGGCUAUAGAUAACAGAAGGCAGACUUAUGUCAGGAUUGGUAUAACAGAUGACAUGCCUAUUGGAACAGAAUGGAUUCACAUCCCUGGCAUUCAGGCACAAGAACUUGCCAUAAGCAAUACAUUUCUGUGGGCCUUGGACCCAAAUGGAGAAGUACUCUGUCGUCAUAAUAUAACUAAAGAUAAUCCAGGGGGAGACUACUGGAGAAAGAUUCCAGGAAUAUUCCUCCAUAUCUCAUGUUCUGUCAAUGACCAGUUGUGGGCAAUAAGCCGUGAAGGACAGAUUUUCUGUAGAAAAACAAGAUAUCUAUUACGUAAAGACUUGCCACAGGAUGCUCAAAAAGGCAGAAAAUCAUCUAAUUUAUCCAUCAGUGAAGACUGGGAAUUAGUGUAAAAUUUAACUGCGAAUGAAAUUAAACUUUUUAUCAUAGGCAUAUAUCAUAAAAUUUCAAAUUUUUGUGGAAGAGCUCAUAUUAAAAAUUCAGGUGGUUCUAAAUUUUAAAAAGGAAUGAAUUUUAAUAAAGAACUUGUUCAGAUUUGUUGAUAGUGUAAUGACGGGUAUAUCGUAAUUUUUUCUAGCUUUUCUAGUCAUGUGUUCAAGUAAAAUCAAGACUUAAAAAAUUCAAAAAUGGUUGUAAAAAAAUAGAACUGCCUACAUUUAUAACUGGACAAGGACGAAAACCAUGACCUGUAUUUUAUGCAGAACCGAAAUGUGAGUCUG